AUGGACUGGGAGACGCUGCAUAAAUUCAUAGAAUGUGGAAAGAGCUUCAGUAAGAGAGGACACCUGCGUACCCAUCAAAGGACACACACAGGAGAGAAGCCACAUAAAUGCAUGGAAUGUGGAAAGAGCUUCAGUCACAGUGCAAGUCUGCGUAACCAUCAAAGAAUCCACACAGGGAAGAAGCCACAGAAAUGCAUGAAAUUUGGAAAGAGCUUCAGUCGGAGUGACAGUCUGCGUAAACACCAAAGAACCCACACAGGGAAGAAGCCACAUAAAUGCAUGGAAUGUGGAAAGAGCUUCAGUCAGAGUGCGAGUCUGCGUAUCCAUCAAAGGACCCACACAGGGGAGAAGCCACAUAAAUGCAUGGAAUGUGGAAAGAGCUUCAUUCGGAGUGGACAUCUGCAUUCCCAUCAAAGGACCCACACAGGGGAGAAGCCGCAUAAAUUCAUAGAAUGUGGAAAGAGCUUCAGUAAGAGAGGACAUCUGCGUACCCAUCAAAGGACCCAUACAGGAGAGAAGCCACAUAAAUGCAUGGAAUGUGGAAAGAGCUUCAGUCACAGUGCGAGUCUGCGUAUCCAUCAAAGAACCCACACAGGGGAGAAGCCCCAUAAAUGCAUGGAAUGUGGAAAGAGCUUCAGUGAAAGUGGGACUCUGCGUAUCCAUCAAAGAACCCACACAGGGGAGAAGCCACAUAAAUGCAUGGAAUGUGGAAAGAGCUUCAGUCGGAGUGGAAAUCUGCGUACCCAUCAAAGAACCCACACAGGGGAGAAGCCACAUAAAUGCAUGGAAUGUGGAAAGAACUUCAGUGAAAGUGGAACUCUUCGUAUCCAUCAAAGGAUCCACACAGGAGAGAAGCCACAUAAAUGCAUGGAAUGUGGAAAGAGCUUCAGUGAAAAUGGGACUCUGCGUAUCCAUCAAAGAACCCAUACAGGGGAGAAGCCACAUAAAUGCAUGGAAUGUGGAAAGAGCUUCAGUGAAAGUGGGGCUCUGCGUAUCCAUCAAAGAACCCACACAGGGGAGAAGCCACAUAAAUGCAUGGAAUGUGGAAAGAGCUUCAGUGCCAGUGCAAGUCUGCGUAAACACCAAAGAAUCCACACAGGGAAGAAGCCACACAAAUGCAUGAAAUGUGGAAAGAGUUUCAGUCGGAGUGACAGUCUGCGUAAACACCAAAGAACCCACACAGGGAAG